AUGAACGAUGGAGAGUUAAAUCAGAUACUGAAUCACUUUUUGAGCAAGUUUAAAGAGAUUCAAAUCGAUCAGUCACCGGCUUUACUCCAAAAAUUGACUCUGUCGCAGUUUAAAAACUUCGCUCAAAUCGAUGUUCAGACUACUACUUCUCUAAGUGAGGGAUUGGAAGAUUAUUUAUCAGAUCAUCUAGAGAUUCUAAAUCUACAAGUUCAACUUAAACGAAAAAAGUGUGAACUUGCUCAAAAACUGACUAAAUUAAACACUGAAUUCAACGAAGCAAUUGAGGAAACUAAUAAAAGGAACACCCUAUUGAAAACUGGCAACAUCGAUUUUUUAAAUCCCCCUCGCCAAACUGAAAAAGCAGUCUUUGCAAUUCCAACAGAAUCCAAAAAGCAAUUACCGCUGUCAGAAUCCAGUUGUUCGACGAUUGCAAUGAAAGAUCAUGCUGCUCAUCGGCCGACACCUUCUAUGGAUCCCGUAAUGAAGCCACCAACUUAUACAUCGUUAGCAAUGUCAACAAGAAAAGAAAAAAAAGAAAAUGUUCCCAAACCUGAAUCUUUCUGCUUAGAUGAUUCGGUGUUAAACGGGCAUGAGAUAUCAAUGAUAAACAUAUCCGAUGAGCGCAGGCGAUUACAAUUCGAUGACUUGGACGAUGAAGAUGAAACUGGAGAAACACCAUUAAAACCAAAAAUUGUUUUGCCGAAAACUCCUGCGAGAAAUCCAGCGAGUGUUCCAGCGGCGUCAGAACGAAAAACAGUUGAUAUUUACACGAUGCCACCGCCCCCUGUUUUUACUUCCAGUAGUGGAAGAGUUUUCAAUCAGAACCGUGAUUAA